UAUACCAUUCAAAAGAUUGGCUCUCUUGAUCACAGAAAAUUUGUUCCAGAAAUAUAUAUUUGUAUCUUGUUUAGUGAGUUUUGUUAUAACUAAUUGUAAAGGAAAUGUGUAAUUUAUUAUCUUGAAUGUGUCCAUUCAAUGGCACACAUAUAGAGAAUAUUCCCAGUCCUUGUUUCCCCUCAAACUAGUUCUCUCAAGAAGACACUCUAGAAAACAUGUUUUGAACAACAAAAUUGAUAACAGUUUGGUGCUUCUGGCUAGGAGAUAAAAAUUUCAGAGUUAUCUCACAUUGUUAUGUAUGAGGUUCUAUAAGCUAUAGCCAGUAGAUGUUCUUUUUUGGGCACUGUAUCAUAAAGUGUUUAUUGAAUUCAUAUGUGAUUAUUAAGACCAGAACUGAUGUGCCAUAAAGUUGGUGUGGGAACUCAAAUGAAACCUACACCUGUCACACUAUAGGAACAAAUUCACAGGCAUAUUAACGUAAUUGAUUAAACAAUGUCCAAAUCGGAUGAUCCAUUGAUAUCGGAGGAAGAUCCUAUUGGAAAUCAUCAGGUUGAUGAUGAAGAUGAAGAAGAGGAGGAAGAUAUUGAAGAGCUUAUGGACAUUGAGUGUCAAGCCACUUCAGGACUAGACCUGCGGUAUUCCAGGCGGAAAGGCAAAUACAAGUCAGCCAUGAAGUCCCUUUUACCUAUCCGAUUCACAAAAACCCCCAAAGAUGAGCUGCCAGAAGCUACUGCUGGCUUUUUUUCUCUGAUGACCUAUGCAUGGCUGACACCAAUUAUGUGGAAAAUCAAUCGAAAAGGCACCGACUUCCUCCAACAUAUGAGAUGUCCCGAUGUCAACCGAGCAGAGAUCAAUGCAGAAAGGCUUGAUCGAAUAUGGAAGGAAGAGUUAAAGGCCAAUGGUCCAGAAAAAGCCUCAUUUGCCAGAACUCUAUGGAAGGCGAGCAGAACCCGCGUCAUUAUUGGAGGGUUGACCUUCAUCAUAUCCAUGUCCUUCAGCUUUGCUGCUCCGGCAUUUGUGUUAAGAAAAAUCUUGGAUGAUCUAUCAGCUGGAAAUGACAACAUCACCUUGGCCAUUGCGUUGGUUAUUAUAAUGGCUGCCAUGGAAUUUUGUAGGUCCAUGUUCUUUGCACUUGGUUGGGUGACAAAUUAUACCACAGGUUUGCGUAUGAGAGGGGCUGUACUUAGCAUGCUUUAUAGCAAAAUUUUACGACUUCGUGGCUUGAAAGACAAGACUGUUGGAGAGCUUGUGAACAUAUGUAGCAAUGACGGACAGCGGCUGUACGAUGCCUUUGCCAUUGGUCCUCUUCUGAUUGGUGGACCAGUUAUCCUAAUGUACGGAAUAAUCUACACAGCAUUUCUGAUUGGUCCAUGGGCCCUUGUAGGCAGUGCCACUUACCUCUCGUUUUAUCCAUUUAUGGCUUUCAUCAGCAAAAUCACAGCUCAUUUCAGAAGGAAAGGGAUAGUCAUCACAGAUAAAAGGGUGAGAAUGAUGACAGAACUGUUGAACUGUAUCAAGCUGAUCAAGAUGUACGCUUGGGAGAAAUCUUUUGCCAGAACUAUUGCAGGGAUAAGAAGUCAGGAGAGGAAGGUUCUGGAGAAGGCUGCCUACAUCAACAGCAUCAGUACCUCGGUGGCCCCCAUGGUCCCUGUCAUGGCCUCCGUGUUUGUGAUCGUUGCCCACGUAAUGACCGGGAACCCCCUCAAUGCAGCACAGGCCUUUACAAUGAUAGCGGUGUUUAACGCUAUGAGAUUUUCGCUGGGAGUCAUUCCUUACGCAGUGAAAGCUCUGGCUGAUGUGUAUGUGUCCACACAAAGGUGCAAGAGUCUGUUAAUGAUGGAGGAGAUACAACCCCACACAUCACAGAUCAACAACCCCAAGUAUGCAGUGGUCAUCAAGAAAGCAUGCUUUGCUUGGGAUCAGGAUCUGCUGAUACAGAAUAUAGGGCUGCUGGAUGUCCAGAUUACAGUUGCAAAUGGAAAAACCAGUGGUAAGGAUGAGGAAAAAGAAAAACUGAACCAGAGUUCGGAUGAGAAAGAGUCGUUGGCUCCCCCUGUACUACUAGACAUUGAUUUGGUGCUGGAAAAGGGGAAGCUGUUAGGAGUGUGUGGCAGUGUGGGAUCAGGGAAAAGCUCUCUUAUAUCAGCCAUCCUAGGAAGGAUGAUAAAGACCUCUGGUAAGGUAGCAGUCAGUGGAAGCAUUGCCUAUGUCUCACAACAACCUUGGAUUCUCAAUGCCACCAUCAGGGAAAACAUCCUCUUUGGAGAGAUGUACAAUGAGGACAGGUACAAUGCAGCCAUUGAUGCUUGCUGUCUUCGAGAUGAUAUGGAGACGUUUGUUUCAGGAGAUGAAACAGAGGUUGGGGAGCGGGGCAUAAAUUUGAGCGGAGGGCAGAAGCAGAGAUUGGCCCUGGCCCGGGCCCUGUACGCUGAUAAGGACAUCUAUCUGAUGGAUGACCCUCUCUCCGCGGUGGAUAUCCAUGUCGGGAGACAUAUCUUCACUGAAUGCCUUAUCAAAGGGCUCAAAGACAAACCCAACAAAACGAUUCUUUUUGUCACCCACCAACUUCAGUACCUAAGUUCUUGUGAUGGAAUCAUCGUCAUUAAAGAUGGAAUGAUCACGGAGAGAGGGAAGCAUGAGGAGCUGAUGCAGCAGGACGGGGAAUACUCCAGUCUCAUUAACACGUACUACACUCAGGAGGAGGCAGAGGAAAUCACAGACGACCCAAUAUCACCUAUCAGUCUAAAGGAGAAGCCAGUAUUUCCCCAUAACAACAGCAACAACAACAGGAACAGGACGUUGUCCGUCCGAUCGGAACUGUCCCAGAGUCCUGGCUCACAUACAGGUGUGCUGGAUGGAGGGCAGGUGCAUCCAGGUCUGGACAAACAGCUGUCUGUGACCAGUGCCACCCAAGAGGAAAAAACCAACAAGGGUCGACUGAUUGUAGCAGAGGAAACGAGUACAGGCAAAGUCAAUUUCAGAACAUAUGGAAAUUACAUGCAAGCAGCAGGGGGUUUCUUCAUAUCUGGCUUUGUCUUGCUUGUGUACAUUCUCAGCAUUGGAGUGUCCACUGGGACAAGCUGGUGGCUGUCUUAUUGGUUACAACAAGGGGGCGGGAAUACCACGAUUGACAUGGGCAACAAUAUAACCAUCAUGAGUAAAGAUAUACGUGACAACCCAGAAUUGGACUUUUAUGCCUUGAUUUAUGGGAUGGGUAUAAUAGUCAUGGUCGUAUUAACCCUACUCAGGGCCUUUUUCUUCAUGAAGGUCACACUGCAUGCAUCUAGCAAACUUCAUGACAAAAACUUCCUCAAAAUUCUGAGAUGUCCCAUGAAGUUUUUUGAUUCAACUCCAAUUGGAAGAAUAGUAAAUCGAUUUUCCUAUGACAUGGAUGAAAUUGAUGUGAGGUUACCAGGAAGUGCCGAAGUGUUUCUAAUGAAUAUUCUGAUGAUUAUAUUUUCUCUCAUAAGCAUUGUGUAUGUUUCCCCGUAUUUUCUGAUCGCCCUCGUGCCGCUGGCAAUAGUGUUUUUCCUGUUGAACAUAGUGUUUACCUCCAGUGUACGCGAGUUAAAGCGAUUGGAUGCAAAAACUCGAUCUCCUUUAAUCAGCCAUAUUACUGCCACAGUUCAAGGCAUCAGUACUAUCCAUGCUUUUGGCAAGUCAACAGAAUUCAUGGACAGAUUUCACCAGCUGCUAGACACCAACUCUCUCCCCUUCUUCCUGUUUUCGGCCUCCAAUCGUUGGCUGGCUAUCCGUCUGGAUUUAAUCUGUGUUAUUGUGGUGGCUGUUACAGGAUUACUGGUGAUCCUCACUAACAUUCCUACAGCGUUAGCGGGAAUGGCAUUGGCUUUUUCUGUACAGAUGACAGGGUUAUUCCAGUUCACUGUCAGGAUGGCCAUUGAUACGGAGGCCAGAUUUACGUCGGUAGAAAGACUCGCCCAAUACGAAAAGGAAGCAGAGUCUGAGGGCCCAGAGGUGGACAAGAAGAAUCAGCCCCCUGCAGACUGGCCCGACGAGGGCACGCUCAUAUUCAAACACGUGAAGCUUAGAUACAGGGAGAAUCUCCCCCUGGCUCUGAAGGGUGUGUCUUUUGAUGUUCUGCCCAAGGAAAAGAUCGGAAUUGUGGGGAGAUCCGGAUCAGGGAAGUCAUCACUCGGCGUAGCCUUGUUUCGAUUGGUGGAGCUGGAGUCUGGAACCAUCAAGCUGGAUGGGAUUGACAUCUCCACACUGGGUCUGCAGGACCUCAGGUCCAAGCUGUCCAUCAUUCCUCAGGACCCGGUCCUCUUCAUAGGAACCAUCAGGUAUAACCUGGAUCCCUUUGGGGAGUACAAUGAUGAGGCCCUGUGGUCAGCCCUGGAAAAGUGCCACAUCAAAGAAACUAUUGCUUCCAUGGAAAGUCAGCUGGACUCCCAGGUGAUAGAGAACGGGGAGAAUUUCUCCGUAGGAGAGAGACAACUCAUGUGUUUGGCCAGAGCUCUGCUAAGACACAGCAAAAUUCUGAUGCUUGAUGAAGCCACUGCUGCAAUCGACACAGAAACAGAUGCGCUAGUGCAGACAACAAUCAAGGAGGCUUUCUCAGACUGCACCAUGCUAAUCAUAGCUCACAGACUGAAUACAGUCUUAUCUUGCAAUCGUAUCCUGGUCAUGGAGGAGGGAAAGGUUGCUGAGUUUGAUACACCUGGAAAACUCAUGUCCAACUCCAAUUCAAAGUUCAAGAUGAUGCUGGAUGCCACAGAAAACCAUACAUUAUGACCAAACUAUAACAUAGAACCUGUUAGCAAAAUAAUUUCUUAAUUUUUUUAUAAGAUCAUAUUGUUUAUAGGGCUUUGAUGUCUUUUUGAAUUACUGGAAUGUAAGGCUGAGUAUCGCUAACUGAUACCCGAGACCAAGCUCAGUAUUAGAUGUACAUGUAGUUGGAUUUGUUUUCUGAGUUAGAUCAUUUCAUUUCCAAUUUUUUAGAAUUACUUUUUCAAUAUACAGGCUGAUCAAUGUGGUUUUGAAUCAUUAUCACUCGUGUAUUUAUAUAUGCAAAAGCUGUGAAUAUAUUAAAAAAAAAAUUGGGGGGGGGGGGGGCUAGAAAGCUUUUACAAUUUUAUCUUGCUCUUCUUCAGAAUGGUAGUGGAAUAGUUGAAAAGGUAUCAAUUUGAGUUUGAAGGUAUAGGUGUAUUAAGUUUAAUUUGUGAUGAGAGUUGUGGUCUUUCUACAGUCGAGAAGUAUGCUAUUUUUAAGGAAUGCAAAUGAUAUCCUAUUUUUUUAUCACAUAUAGUAUGGGUAUUUUUAUUAUACAUGUAUUUGAAUGUGAUUAAUGAAGUUGUUAUAAUUUUGAUGAUAUAACAUAUUUACUGUUACUAGUCUAAUGAAAGAAAUUCAUUAAUUUUUAAACUUGAUGUCAACAGAUGUAUACAUAUACCUCUGAUUCAAAAGCUCUGUAUACAUGUACACAUAAAAAAAGUAUGCAUAUUUUUUCUUAAAUUUUUUAUAUAAUUAUAUGAAAACUUUGUUUUGAUGUGAUUGGUUGUGACAAGAUUUGACUGUAUACUAUUGUUUCUUUCCAUUGUUAUUACAUGUAUUUUCAUAAAUACAAAUCUAUUGUCAAUUACUGGAACACCUUAAUUGCAAAGCUUUGGUGCUUUUUAAUAUACAUGUAUAUCAAAACCUCAUCUGAUCCGAAACCUCAAUUUUGUUCAAAGAAUUUUGUGUCAUUUAUUCUUAAAUUUAAUCUUUUUGACAUACUAUACAAGCUUAGCUAACACUAUGAAUUAUGAUACAAAUGUAGCAAUUA